AUGGUCGUUUCCUGUGUGGAUUCAUCUUCCAUUGAUGCUUUUGUGGAAUUUUAUGAUAUCGACAAAGGGUAUUUGCCAAUUGCUGUGCUGAAUUACUUAUGUCGAAAUGGAAGUGGCAUUCGAGACUUUGAUGUAUCAAAACUCUACACAUUAGAUGAGAUGAUAAGAAAAUUUGAUUUUCACUUAAUUGGCAGGCGAAAUAUAAUGUUGGAUCAAUUGGUUCUUGACGCAUAUGGUUACAAAGCGAUACAGAAUGCUGACUUCAAUAAGCAGUUGGUGCCAGAAAUUAUGAGGCGUCUUCAGAGAUCAUUUCCAGAAGCUGCCUCAGAAUUGAUUGCCAACCCUGAUUAUGUUAAUAAAGUGCUAGAUUUGUUUAGACGAAUGGAUCAAAAGUUAUGUUACUUAGAACAGUUAACCGACAGUGACUUCAAAUAUUACUUCUUACGACCAAAUAGUCCAGAAAAAACGGUUUAUGAAUUUGAUCCGCACAUAGUAUCGUCCAUUCUCAAUGAUUUCAUGGAUUGCGAAGACUGGAGUAUGGAUUGUAUGAAAGCGUUGGCUUCCACACAUGGUAUCAAAUGUGCCCAAAUAUUUCAAAUUAUACGUUUAGCACUAAUCGAUUGCCAAAGCGGGCCACCGAUUAUGGAAUUGCUUGAGUUCUUCGGAAAAAAGGAAUGUCUAAAAAGAUUUUCGGUCAUGGUUGAAAUGUUAAAAGAAUCGAAGUGGUCCUCAACAUCAACAGUCUAA